AUGUCUGACAUCGAGAAGGCUAAUUCCAGCCACCAGAUCUAUGAUAGGCAGUCCAAGUCCAAUGCCCCUCCCUCGACGCGCAUCGCCAACCCAGCUGCACUUGGUCUAUUCUCGUUCGCGUCCACGACCUUCAUUCUGUCUCUCUACAACGUCAACGCCCGUGGUGUCAUUCUUCCCAAUGUAGUCGUUGGCAUGGCCUGCUUCUGUGGUGGUCUCGCUCAGCUUCUUGCUGGUAUGUGGGAGUUUCCGCGCGGCAACGUAUUUGGUGCAACAGCUUUCACAUCCUACGGCGCGUUCUGGAUGUCAUACGCCACUAUCUACAUACCCAGCUCUGGAAUUAUCGCUGCCUACGGGGAAAAUCUUGAUGAACUAAAUCAGGCAGUUGGCAUUUACCUGAUCACCUGGUUUAUGGUCACGUUCUUGCUCCUGCUUGGUGCGCUACGCCGUAACAUUAGCUUCAUUGCACUUCUGUUCUUCUUGUGCAUCACGUUUGUGCUCCUCGCUGCCGGCGCCUGGACAGGCACGGCCAACCUUUCCAAGGCUGGCGGUGGAUUCGGCCUCCUUACGGCAAUGAUUGCAUACUACUGUGGUCUUUCAGAGUUGCUAGUGAAGGGAGAGAGUUGGUUUGGCCUCCCUAUGGGCACUAUCAAGCAAGAACGCUUAGACUGAGCGGUCGGGACUGAUCAAGUUCGUGUAGGAUGUAGUCAACAUCUUGCAUCGUGGACACUCGACUUAGCUAUUUUCAGUCUUUCCCUCAAAAAUGGUCAGCUUCCAAUCAUUCCACUUUUAUCCUUUAAUGCCCUGCGAUACCCACCCUCCAAUCUGACAGCACAUUUCGCAUAACUAUUCCUUACGGUCCCCCACCUGUAAAUCACUCCUUUGGUUUUGGAUUCCCAUGUGUCCCCGCACAUUCACAUUUCAGACAUUUUGGUUACCACGUUCGAUUAGCAAUGCGAUGAUUGAACAUCUUUGACGUACGUGAAAGGCGAGCGAGCGAUGGAAGCUUUUUACCACGAACUUGGAACUAUCGGUUAAG